AUGGAUUCGCCCAUCACUUCCAUUGACUUUCAAAGUAACUGGACAAACACCACGGCACAGAAUGAAACCGAUAUAUACUGGAACCAGUUUGUGCAACCAGUUUGGAGAAUAGUGCUCUGGGCAGUGGCUUACAGCACUAUUGUCAUCGUCUCCGUUGUGGGCAAUAUCACGGUGAUAUGGAUCAUUUUGGCGCACAAACGCAUGAGAACCGUCACGAACUAUUUCCUCGUCAACUUGGCGUUCGCUGAAGCGUCAAUGUCCGCAUUCAACACCGUUAUAAACUUUGUCUACUCCGUGCACAACGAGUGGUAUUUCGGACUCUAUUACUGCCGAUUCCACAACUUCUUCCCCAUAGCCGCCGUCUUCGCUUCUAUAUACUCAAUGACCGCGAUUGCGCUCGACAGAUAUAUGGCCAUCAUUCAUCCGCUGCAGCAGAGGAUGUCUGCAACUCAGACGAAGGUGGUCAUCGGGGUCAUGUGGGUGCUGGCUCUCCUGCUGGCCUUCCCCCAAUACUAUUAUUCCGACAUGGACCAGCUGCCUGGCAGGGUGGUCUGCUACAUCGACUGGCCUGAGUACAAUGUCCUGGACUUCAAAACGAUGUAA